AUGCUCUCGUCAGAUACCAACCCCUUCUCCCUUCCUACCCCCUCGUCCGGGUUCUUGGAUCCCAGUCAGCUGCACACCGGCUCAUCCAACAGCACGAACAACAAUCUGCUGACUUCCGCCCCGGCGGACCUGUUCGACCCCCUGUCCACCAACUGGCCGUACUUCUCGCACAUCUUUGGCUGGGGUCUCGACUCGGAUAUCGACGCCGACCUGGGAAUCCAGCCCAACAUGUUUGAGAAUAGCGAGUCUGGGCCCAUCUCAUCAACCGAAAAUCUCAGUGCGGCGUGGUUGUUGAGCAUCACGCCACGAGGGGGAAGCCCGACGGGUGAGGGAAAGGAGCAGGAGGAGAUGAAGCGGGACCCAUUCGGGAGGAACCAUGAUAAUCCAUGGCCCAACAUCUUCAAGCCAAAGAUGCCCGAUCGACCCCUCACUCUCGGCGGCGUCAAAGCGUCCCCGCGUACAGAUCGAAUACGCGGCCAUCCCUCCGCGAUAGAGGCCACUUCGCGGAACGCCAUGCUCUCCCUCGUCUACCUCUCACAUCAGGCCAUGUGGCUCAUGCCUGACAUCGAGGACUUUCCGGAUCAAGAAACGCUCAGCGAUUUCGUCGACCUCUACUUUGAGCAAUUCCACGCGACCUUCCCAAUCCUGCAUCGACCCACGUUUAGCGUGGACAACACGUCCGCGGUAUUGCUUUUGGCAGUAGCCGCGGUGGGUGCGACGUACGCGGACAGGGAGUUCAGGCCGCUGGCGGUGGCACUGAGCGAGCUGGUCAGGCGGAUCGUGCAGUGGAUGCGUGCAUCAGACCAAAGAUCCAAAUUCGACCGCAAUCUCCUCGUCUCGUACAUGCUCCAAUCCCUCGUUGGGGUCGCGUGCGGAUCCAGGGAAAUGAUGCUCCACGCCGAGAUCUCGCGGUGCUCCCUCGUCACUUCGCUUCGCCGGCUACACCUCCUCCGACCUGGGCGAUCAGCAUCGGAUGACCUCUUGUCGAAAGGAGGCCAGCCGAGUAUACAUGACAAGUGGCUGGCAUGGGUUGAAGACGAGUCGAGGAGAAGGUUUGGGUGGGGUGUCUACCUUCUCGAUGCGCAAAUGGCGGCUCUGCUUGGUAUCCCGGCUAUCGCUUCUGUCAACGAAGCAGGCGUCCAGCUCCCGUGCGACGACAGACUCUGGGACGCCCCAGACGCGGCGUCAUGGUGGACAGCCAUGCAGGAAGUCCAGGCGAGUGGUGUCAAUCACGACUUGCCUUUCUUGACUGUCUUCCGAGGGAUCUUUACGGGACAGUCAGAGGUGAUUGGCACGAGCGAUUUCGGGCGGUCUAUCGUCUCGCACUCGAUGUACAGCAAACCCUAUCUCGCUCUCCAGACUUUGGCCAAGGAUACCAAUCCCCAAUCCGAUCCCUCUCACCUUCGCCUCUCAGCCGCAGCGCUGUAUCACCACUCGCGAAUCGCCUUUUCAUUCCCUGGCCUACUGAACCACGUUAAGGUCGCGUCUGGCAAGUACGAGCCGGAUAUCAGCAAGGCAGAAGCGAAGGCUUGGCUCGAGAGAUGGGUUAUGGACCUCAAGGAUGUUAGGAGGGCGGUAUGGCACGCCGGAGUCUUGAAUGCUUUGCUUGCUGAGUUCCCUCUCGGGGCAUUCCCCGAGGCAUUCUGGGCGUUCGACUGUGCGCUGGUGCUCUGGGCGAUCGUCAAGUAUGACGGGGACCGGCUCAGAGCAACAGGACCAAGACCCGCCCUUUUCGCUGCCAACUGGUUCGACGUUGAGCCGCCACCCAUGUGGAUAGAUCACGGGGGGCAGCUCAUCCUCCCGUUCCUCGGCAGCUCUACCGGCUUUACGGUACACAACAUCCUCGGGCACUUCAUCGACCAGCUCAGACAGAUGCCAUGGGGCAUGGCGGGGAUGUACAAGCAGGUCUUGGAAAAGCUGGUCGAACAGGAGGGGGCAUUAGUGGCGUAA